AUGUCACAAUUUUUGAUAGAGCAAGUUCGAUAUAUGCAUGAAGAGAUCGAACUUAUAGAAAAAGCUAUUGCAGAAUUAAUUGAAGAUAAAGUAAAAAAUAAUAAAAAACAUAUUUUUUAUGAUUAUUGUAUAAAUUAUUUAGUAGAAAAGAUUCAAAACAAAUCGAAACAACUUGUAGAAAUUUAUAAUGAUGACGAUAAUUUAAAAAAAGAGGAGAUGCAAUUUAUUUCUGGAAAAACAAAUGAAGAAAAUAAUGAUGUAUGGAAAAAUUAUUAUGAAAAAAUUAAAUAUAUUAAAGAUUAUCAUAAAAAAACAAAUAUAAAAAAGACAGAAAUUCGAAGUUAUAAAUCUUAUAAAAAUGAAGCUUUAAAAAAUAAUAAAUUAAAGUCUUCUUUUUCUCCCUUAGAAAAAAAAGGAAAAUAUGUAGACAUGGGUAAACAUUAUGAUGAAUUUAUUAAUAUUAAAAAGAUUAAAGAAUUUCGUAUAAAUAUGUUUAAAAAAAAGAACAAUUUAAAUAAUUCUGGGUCAGGAAAAAAUACACUUUCUAUGGACAAUUUUAAAGAGAUGGAUCUAAUUACAUACCUUAACAAUUUUACACGAUUUUAUUAUAUUCCUAGAUAUUGUAAAUAUAAAAAUGAUGAGUAUAAAAAAUAUUUAGAGAAUCUACUAAACUAUUUAACAUCAUUUUUUUCAAAAAUAAAUAUAUUGGGGAAUUGGGAAAAAACAUAUGAGCAAUAUGAAAACAAAUUUAAAGAACUAUUUCAAAAUAAAGAAAUAAAACAUUGGGAAUGUUUUACCUAUGAUCUAAAUAGUUAUUGCAAAAUUAAUGAUAAGUUAUAUGCCUCUGAAGGUACAUAUCAAGGGUAUUUAAAAAGUAAAAAAUAUGAUGAAGAGUUUAAAAAAUAUAUGAAAAAAAAAUAUUCUGUUGAAGAGUUACAACAAAUUAAAGACGAAAUCGAAAAAGAAGAUGAACUAAUUGCAAAACAUGAAUAUCUAAUUGAAAAUUAUAAAAUACUUUUAAAUAAAAUUUUUCAAAAAACAAUACAAAAUAUUCAAAGAAAACAAGCAUUUACAAUUGAAGAAAUAGAAAAAAGACAAAAAAAUGAAAAAAAAAUAAAAAUUAAUGAUCAUUUAUUAAGUAUAUCAGAUGAUGUAAUAAAUAAUAACAACAUAAUUAAUAAUAUUGAAAAUAUUCUAAAUCCAAAUUCUAUUAUUUCAUCGUCAGAUUAUGAUACAUCAGAUUUAGGAUCAGAAAUCGAUGAGAAUGGAGAACAAAAUAAUGAUGAAGAUGAAGAAGAUGAAAAUAAAACAAUUUAUAAUCCUUUAAAUUUACCAUUAGGACAUGAUAAUAAACCUAUACCUUAUUGGCUAUAUAAAUUACAUGGAUUAUCUAAAGAAUAUAAAUGUGAAAUAUGUGGUAAUUAUUCUUAUUUUGGUCGAGCUGCUUUUGAAAAACAUUUUUAUGAAUGGCGACAUUCAUUUGGAAUGAAAUGUUUAAAUAUUCCAAAUACAUUACAUUUUAAAGAAAUUACAAAAAUCGAAGAUGCUUUAAAUCUUUAUGAAAAACUUAAAAAAGAAACUCAAACUAUUCAAUUUAAGCCAGAUCAUGAGGUAGAAUGUGAAGACUCAAAGGGAAAUGUUAUGAGCAUAAAGGCUUAUGAUGAUUUAAAAAGGCAAGGAUUGCUAUAG